AUGGAUUUCGCUCACCAAGCCCUGGUCGAUAACGUGCCACUAACAAAGCGAGACAUGUACUACAAGGACGUUCCCCUCUUCAAAGCUCAGGGGACUGUUGAUCGACUGGUCGAUGAUCUUGCCGUGACAUUGGGCCUAGAACGGGCCGACCUUAAAAUUCGUGCUGCAUCAAAGGGGCUUAUAUGCGGCACUGGGCUGACAAUGCACCUUCUCGAAGGCGAAACAAUUACUAUCAACGACUUAGAGGGAACUUUAAUACCUACCGCUGAAACCAUAGAGCGAUUCGAGCUGAAAGGUGAUAUUUCAUGGAUUCUCGUGGUCGAGAAAGAGGCCGUCUUCCAAACGCUGUGCCGUUUUCAGUUUGCAAGUCAUCGGUCACUCCCUGGUCCCGGGCUCAUAAUUACUGGCAAGGGAUAUCCUGACGUGGCUACUCGACAACUUGUGAAGACCUUGUCAGACAACCUCCCGGAGCACAUCCCAAUCAUUGCGCUUGUCGAUGGCGAUGCGUAUGGACUCGACAUUCUAUCCGUAUACAAGUACGGCAGCCGCAAUCUACGACACGAGAACAAAAAACUCGCAGCAAAACGAAUCGAAUGGCUUGGCAUCUGGGCAUCUGAAAUUGCAGACCUUGAAGUCGAUUUGGACGCACUGAUCCCGAUCACGCCACACGAUCAGAAGAAGGCAAGAUGGGCUUUAUUGCCCGCCAUGAGUCUUAACAACUUAAUCACUAAAUGUCCCCACAGGAAAGAGCUCACGCGGAUGCUUCACACACGAAGAAAGGCCGAAAUAGAGAUCCUGUCGAGCUCCUCAAGUCAAAGGUCUAAUUCUCUUAUACACUACUUGGCACAUAAAAUCUGUCACUUUAUCGAGAUGUCUGCUUGA